GUGUGCGCGCGUCGAGACACUGAAUGUAUCGUGUUUUGUCCGUAUUGUCGUUUACGAAUAUCUCUCGUGUGUCCAAUUGUCCUGACGGUUGAUUCAUUGAAUAACGUCAUUCGAUGAUUUAUUGUUUCCAUUGAUUAUCUCGUCGUUGUCGUGCGUAAACACUUUGUGCCUAAAUAGUCAGUGUGUUUGUUGUUAUUACCGCCACUUGCGUGGUAACAGUGCAGACACUAGAGUGCCGGUAGCGAGGUGUAGACAUGUACCUCGUGGAUUUUGGAAUUUAAAACUUGUGCUGGGUACAUCCAACGUUUUUUUUUUAUUAUUAUUGUUUUGUGAGUGAAAUUGGAAUUAACUGGAGUGAUUGGUGUUCAGCGAAAGCCCAAUGUUCACACAGUUUUUGUCGAUUGCGCAUUGAUAUCACUGAUAUUGCUCGCCUAUUCCGGUUCAUUUGUCACCACGGGUCGAUAAAACGCUAUUGGAAGGCGUCGAUCUGCGGUACGGAGUGCUCUGGAAUAGUGUGGGGCUGUACCAACGGUGAUAAACUGUUGUCAAUUUUGACGUGAAUUAACCGCUCCGGGGCGGAAACAAUCAGUCAAAAUUCGGGUUAAGAACAGAGAACCGUUGCCAUCCUACGCGAUGGAGAUAAGCGACGAGUAUCAGGACAUGGGGAAUCCCGGUGGCGGGGUGGCUAUGGCUAAUAUGCCCCUUGGACAUCAUCGACACACGCCUGAUAGCCCGAUGUCACAUCAGGAGGAGGAUCUUUCGGAUCCAGACCUGCAGGAUGAGGAGAGUGGUGAAGAGUUACCGCAACAGCCACUGCAGGGAAACAAUCACUCGUCCUCGGAUACAUCGACAGGUCCGGCUGGUACUCCUACGCCACUGACACACUUGAAUAGUUUGAUGAAUGCUCAUCACCCACAUUUUUUGUCAAAACUCAAGACAGAGCCAAAUGACAUGGAUCUCCUGAACAACAAAUCUGGUCUCGAAGCCCUUCAAGCCGCAAUAGGCAGUGGCAGUUUCAACCUCCCAUUCAAUUUUGCACCUCCAGCGGCAUUUCUCACCCCCCAGCACCCCAACAACAAUCCACAAACGCCAGGGGGAGGUGGAGGUGGUUCAAACAAUGCUGUAACCUCAUCCGCAAGUUCACACUCCAGUGAGUCAUCUCAAGGCUCAGCGAGAAAUCUCAGUGAAGCUCGCGAGGGCACUGGCCAGUCACAAAACACCAACAACUCAAACUCACAUCAACAGACCAGCUGGAGCUUCGAGGAGCAGUUCAAACAGGUGCGUCAGCUGUACGAGAUAAACGACGAUCCAAAGCGCAAGGAAUUUCUCGACGAUCUCUUCAGUUACAUGCAAAAACGAGGUACACCAAUCAAUCGACUACCAAUCAUGGCAAAAUCCGUAUUGGACCUCUACGAACUCUACAAUUUGGUAAUUGCUCGGGGCGGUCUCGUCGACGUAAUCAACAAGAAACUCUGGCAGGAAAUCAUCAAGGGACUCCACCUGCCGUCUAGCAUCACAUCCGCUGCAUUUACCCUGCGAACACAAUACAUGAAAUAUCUGUACCCCUACGAGUGUGAGAAACGAAGACUGUCCACCCCAGCCGAACUCCAAGCAGCAAUUGACGGAAACAGACGCGAGGGACGUCGCAGUAGUUACGGUGCAUACGGCGGAGGUGGGGGUGACAAUAUGAUGCAGAGAAAUUCCCACACACCAAGUUCACUUGCCUUGCAUGCCGGAAUGUCACCAUUAUCACUGGUUACAGCAGUAGGAGGUCAGCAUCAUGGUUCACAAUCACUGCUGAAUGGAAGCACAGCACAUACCCCCCUGACGCACCAUCCACAUCACCCCCAGGGUUUGGGACAACUACCAAAUGGUCCAAUACCGGGGCUGGCUGCCGCUGAACUGGAGGCACGAAUGGCCGAGUACAUAAAGCUAUUCAACAAAGAGUUUCGAAAUUCUGGGGCAAGUACACCACCACCAAUUCACAGACAAGGAAGUGCAUCGCCGCCAUCGAGCACACCUCCACGAGACACUGCCAUGGCGGAGAUGUCACGACUCACAUUAUGGAAUUUAUACAACAAUAAUACACUGUAUCCAAAUAUGCAUCAACCGCCAGUAUCGCCACAGCCCUCGCACUCACCAAAUCCCCAGGCAUCGAGUCCCGAGCCCCAGAGAGAGGCCCUCGAUCUUGGCUUGAGAUCAUCACCACUGUCUUCAUCACCAACGAGACACAGUCCCCAGUCGUCUGGUGGCAGUAUGAGGGUAAAGAAGGACUCGGAAUUGACGGGCAACACUGGCCCACCACUACCCAAGAGAUCUCUCUCAGACGACGAGUCAACUCAUGAGAAAAAUGCACCCUCAUUACCUGGUACACACAUAAAAAUAUCGAACAGGGGAGACGGCAGAAAUGGGGAUAAUUCGCUAGUUGUCAGUAUGGAAUUAAAUGGCGUUAUGUAUGAGGGAGUUUUAUUCGCCCAGUCACACAAUAGAAAUUCGAAUGCAACGAAUAAUAAUACCAAGCCAGCGAGGAGUAUUGUAUCGUGAAUUUGUUCAUUUUUUUUAUGAAAACGGGUAUAUUCAUACAAAACUGACUUCAAUUUUACGUUUAAGUGCAUCUGUGUAAUGAUUAUUAAGUAACGAACGAGCGUGGCCGAUGUUUCAGCUGAUUGAUACUGUUUUUUUUCUAGAUUAUCCCAUGAGAGUGAUGUUAUUCGAAUGACUAGUGAGUUUUAGGAUUAUUUCAUUCACGAUGUAUGUACUCCUUCUUUUCUAAGCAUUCAAUGAUCUUUUGUGUGGGCUACGACGUUUGUGGUUGGGUGAUUGCCGUGUGAAUUUACAUUGUGUGAAUGUUGGUUUAUUUUUUCUCUGCGUGCAAUCGAAGGGCAAAUAACAGAGUUGAAAAUUUUUUUUUCGUCGCUAUCACGCCUUGCGAUCCUCUCGUUCAAGAAGAUUCGACUCAAUCGGGUUCUAUUGAUUAGCCUGUAAUUUGUUUUGUGCUUAGUGGCACAAAUUUUGGGAAACUGAGGGUGGAGGGUUUUCUUGAAUGAGAGUAACAUUCAAUAUAGUAUUAAAACUACGGAAUUGUUAUCCGAGUUUUCUUCAUGUUCAAUCUUUUAAGCUGUACCGCCGAAUCAAAAGAAUUUUAAAAACCAUCUUAACUUAUUUAUUAUAUUCUCAGUAAUUGUUAGAUGCUCAUGAGAGAAGUAAUGUCAGUUUUCGUGGAUUAAAUCGCAUUUGAUCGUGUAUCAACGUCUCAUUCUCCCACACAUCAUUAUAUAUAUUUUAUAGCAUUUUAUUCACUUUUAAUAAUUGUACAUUCUUUCUACCUUCGACCAACAGUUUAUUAUUAUUAUUGAUGGAGACGAUGAGAAUCAUUGAACAGUGAACAAUGAUAUUUUUUAUUCAUUGUUUGUAAUCUUGUCUGUUUGAUAAAAAAUUGUACAUACAGUCAUCGAAAUAUUCAUAGAGUUUAGUGGAAAAACAAGUAUAUAAUUAAUUGGAGAGGGACGUCCGCAGAGAGCAUAAUGAAUGAUUAUAGAAUUUUUCUUUUUCUACGUAAACAAAAAUGCAAGAUUUCACAAUCGAAAUUAUUGAUUCGUGAUUGUAAUUUCGAAUGAAUUCGCACAUAUGUAAAAGUAAGAGAAAUGCAGGAAGGGCUAUGAUGAAUUUCCUCGUUGCGGUGGAGAUUGAUGAUAAUCUCGUUGAUCAUUCGUUGUCAACGAUGGAAAUAAAUAAAUACGUCACAAGAUACAAAAAUAGAAUAUAAUUAUCAUCACGUAAUGUAGAUGUAAUGCUCGAAAGAUAUUUGGAUUAAUAAAAUGUUGAAAUGAGGAAAAUAAAGCAAUGGUUCAUUGCUGAAAAUGAAAAUAAAUAAAUGCAUCAGAUUCAGUUUAUUCUUCUUUUUUAUAGUCAUAGAUUGUAGGAUUAUAUGUGUAGCGACAGUAAGAUAUUAGUGUGUAACAAAUAACAGUGGCCGUUGAGAACUUUGAACAAGUUGCGUAGUUUCACAAGUGUAAAGUGAGGGAAUAUUUUUUUUUGCUUCCGAAUGGAAGCUUUGUAAUCGUCCAAAUUUGACUUUAGAUUUGUUGCGUUAUAUCAACUCACUACGAUCCAAAAAAUCCGAAAACGCAAUUUUUAUUGUAUUUUUUCUCGUUUUAUUUCUUUAAUUUUCGAUUAUUUUGAGGGGUAAGUGAAUAUAGGAGAGUUUCUCGUGUGGAUAGAUGCUUUUUCGAGAUGAGUUUAGCCAAAAAGACUGUUAUAUAGGAUGAAUAAUUACUCUAGAAACAAUUUCUCACUGUGAAACAUUAUUGACAUCACUAAUUAUUAAUUGCGUCGCUCUUUGAGAAAAAAUUCAUUAGGUAUUAUUGUCGCUGUUACUCUUAUGUUUUCUCGUUGUAUUGAAUUGAUUAUCGAUGUAAAAUUGAAUCUCCUUUCGUUCAGUUAUUUUA